UUGUCUUUCAGGCACCACGUUGUUCUGAACAUCACUGAUUUCUACACCGAACCGUACAAUGAUGUGCUGGCACUCUUUGAUGGUGAGAAUACGACCGGAAAGCACAUAGAUGUGCUUCAUGGUAAACGCACCUUUGUAUCUCUCAUUCGCAAUGAAAAUGAAACAAUGUCGCUACUUUUCAAGACUGACCAUGACGUCUCCUACGAUGGUUUUAGAAUACUGUUCAAAGCUGGUUAG